CAGCAGGUGCGCCGUGCGCGGACAAGGAAGGUGUUCGCCGCGCCGGAGAACACCACCACCACCAGCAGCCGCCACUACUUUGGGCUGCUCGUCCUCGUCGCCAGACGGCGUGCGCACUGCCGCGCUACGCCGCGAAGAAACCGUCUCCCCUCGUCGCCGCCUCCCCGACCGCCAUGCUCCGCCGCAGCCGCCGGUUCCUCCCCGCCAGACCACCUCGCCGCCGCCACCACAAACCCCCUGGGAAAGCCGAGCCGCCUCCCCUGGCGGCGCCGACCUACACCCGCAACGUCGUGCGCCGCGCCACCGCCAUCCUCCGCGACCACCCCUGGUCGGCGGCGCGCCCGCUCCUCCUCUCCCUCCCCGGCCUCGCCUGGGACUCCCACACAGUAGCGCGCGUGCUCAAGACCCACCCGCCGCUCCAGAAGGCCUUCCUCUUCUUCCGCCUCGCGGCCUCCGCGUCGCCCACCUUCCGCCACGACCGCUUCACCUACACCUCCUUGAUCCACCUCCUCGGCGAGGCCGGCCGCGUUCCGGCCAUGCUCCGCCUCCUCGCCGAGAUGCUCCGAGCCGGGGUGUCGCCCGACGCCGCCACCUUCACCACUGUCAUGCACUGGCUCGCGCGGGCCGGGGACGUGGAUGGCGCCAUGCGGGUGUGGGCGGAGAUGAAGGCGAGGAGCAGGCCCACUGUCGUCAGCUACACGGCGUGCGUCAAGAUCCUGUUCGACGCCGGGAGGGCGGAGGAGGCGCGGAGGGUGUUUGGGGAGAUGGUGGCUGAGGGGCUGCGCCCGACUUGCAAGACGUACACCGUGCUCAUCGAGCAUCUCGCCGACGCAGGAAAAUUUGAAGCUACUCUUGAGAUUAUGGACAAGAUGAAAGAAGCAUGCAUAGAACCAGACAAAGCACUUUGCAAUAUUCUGGUCCAGAAAUGCUCCAGGGCUGGUGAGACAUCAGUUAUGACUCGCAUUCUUCAGUACAUGAAGGAGCGUUUCAUUGUUCUUCGCCGGCAUUUUUUUGGAAGCACUAGAAGCUCUAAAAGCUAGUGGUGAUAGUGAUGAACUUCUUCGGGAAGUAAACCCCCAUCUUUCGUAUGAAGGCAUUGAAUCUGACCCAAUAUUGUCUGACCGAGGCUACAUUACUGAUAGAAGUACUAUUCUCUACCUUUUAUCUGCAAAAAACUGGUCUGCUA